AUGAGGAUCAUUGACCCUCAAACCGCCGUCCUGACCAAUAUCGAGGUCCUGGCCUAUCUGACCUCCAAUCCACCCCGCCGACCACCGCCAAGUUCGGGGAACUGGGCACCAAGCCCGGAUCUCAGAGACCAUAAUACAGUGGUAAAAGAGCCGUCUCUCCCCCAUCUCCUACGAUACCCCCGCUAUACAGCCCGCCCUUCAUCCUCCCAGUCGAAAUCACAAUCGCAAGCCGCAAUGACCGGCACACUGCGAACCUCAAAUUCAGAAAAUACAGAGGCAGACGUUAAUUCCCUGCCGCCAGCGAUUCCAUCCACAGAAACAACACCCAUGGACAAUGCCCUCCGCGACCUAGUAGUCCGCCUACAGCCGUACGGACUGACCAAAGCUGAGGUCGUUAUGAUCCUGAAUCUCGGGGUGGGAGUCACUGGUAAUACAGCUGCUGAGGGAGCUGGGGAGGAAGGUGCUAAUGGAGGGGAGGCAAUGGAAGUGGAUGGGGAAGCGGGGGGUGAAGAGGGUGAGGAGGACGAUUACACGGCUGUGGUCUUGAUGGAUAGUGUUAUUGAAGAGCGGGAGCUCAGACUGUCUGAUGACGAUGUUAAGGCUAUUUUGGCGAUCAUUAAGGAAACUCUUACGGCGGAUUAUGAGAACGUGAAAGGGUGA